AUGGUCCCUGAAGCGCGAUCCGGACGAAACGAAGUCGCGAGGCUCGGAACGCCCACCCAAAAAAAAACCGCCACCAUUUCCUUCCUGCGCCACUUCUUCACGCGCGCCCCCUCGCCCGCCACCAUGUCCGCCACAAAGACCAAGGUCCAAUCCAUCAUCGACGAGAACCCCGUCGCCGUCUUCAGCAAGAGCUACUGCCCUUACUGCCGCCAGGCAAAGGAGCUGCUGAGCCAGAGCGGCGCCAAGUUCUAUGCUAUUGAGCUGGACCAAGUCGAUGACGGCUCAGCCAUUCAGAGCACCCUCGGCGAGAUGACGGGCCAGACUACCGUGCCCAACAUCUUCAUUGCGAAGGAGCACAUUGGUGGAAACUCGGACCUGCAGGCCAAGAAGAACAACUUGAAGACGCUGCUCAAAGAUGCUGGUGCUUUGUAGAUACCUCGUCACAAAGCUCGUCAGUCUGGCGCUCUUCUACGAGUUGAUACAUCAAUGAAGAAAUGAACAAUCACACAC